AUGAAUGUGGUCAGCUCAGUCGGCAUCAUCAUGGUCAACAAACAAGUCAUGUCGGGUUAUGGCUUUAAAUUCGCAUGCACAUUGACGGGCUUCCAUUUCGUGGUCACGGCGUUGGUCGGCAUGGCAUCAGCUGCAGUGGGCUACAUCUCAAGCAAAGCCACCGUGCCGUUCUUGGAGCUCGCCUGGUUCUCUAUCGUCGCGAAUCUCUCCAUUGUUUCUAUGAACCUCAGCCUCAUGCUCAACACCGUUGGCUUCUACCAGAUUGCGAAGCUCAGUAUUAUACCAACUGUGUGUCUCUUUGAGGCGUUGCUCCACUCUAAGGCUUAUUCUCGAGAAGUAAAAUUAUCUGUUGCCGUUGUGAUGGUGGGAGUGGGGGUCUGUACCGUCACUGACGUCAGCAUGAACCUUAUGGGUUUUCUCGCUGCUCUUGUCGCUGUCAUCAGCACUGCCCUGCAGCAGAUUUUCAUCGGGUCCCUUCAAACCAAGUACAACAUUGGGUCCUUUGACCUGCUCAGCCAAACUGCACCAAUCCAAGCAGCAUCUCUUGUGGUGCUUGGCCCCUUUGUGGACUACUUCGUUACAAAUCUGAACAUUAUAGAAUACACCCUUACUGCCGGAUGCACGGCUUUCAUCAUCCUCUCCUGCUUGCUUGCUGUCGUCUGCAACCUCAGCCAGUAUCUCUGCAUUGGAAAGUUUUCAGCAACGUCGUUCCAAGUCCUGGGCCACAUGAAGACAGUCCUUGUCCUCGUUUUGGGCUUCAUACUUUUCAGCUCUCCGAUCACCAUGAAGAAUGUGAUGGGCAUGCUCAUGGCUGUAGUGGGAAUGGUGCUCUAUAGCUGGGCUGUGGAGAAGGGCAAGAAGGACAAGGAAGGCAAGGAGACUGGGAUGGUCAAGACAGCCCAACCUUCUCCUAGAGCAUCAGAUGGAAAUGUGAGUGGAGGGGAAGAGGAGCGAGCAGGACUACUUGCAACAGGUAGGGCCGGAGAGGAGGAUUUGGAAUCUGGGAAGCAGGGUUGA